AUGACCAUGGAAAAGAGGAGAGCGGGCGCGGCACGUUCUGGUGUCAUCCAGUAUAUGUCGGACCUACACCUGGAAAAAGGCAACCAGUACUCGACCUUUGAUUUUCCCGCCACGACACCAUAUCUUCUACUUGCUGGAGACGUUGGUAGCCUAGCUGACUACGAAGAGUAUUUCGCCUUCAUUCGCCGGUUAACGGAGCAGUUCGAGUGUGGCUUAUUGCUCGUGCUGGGUAAUCACGAGUUUCACGGCCUCAGCUACGAGGGAACCAUCAAGCAGGCACGAAAACUUGAAGCUGAGUCGUGCUUAAAGGGGAGGCUUCACGUUCUGCAUAGGGACAGGUUCGAUAUCCCUGACUCGGAUAUCACGAUCUUGGGCUGUACGCUAUGGUCCCUGAUCCCCAGCGAAGCUAGCGCGGCGGUGAAGGGCAAGGUCAAGGACUUUCAGUACAUUGAGGGGUGGGCUGUUGAUGCUCACAAUGCGGCUCAUCUCGAGGAUGCUACGUGGUUGAGAAGGGAGCUGAGAAAGGUGCCGGCUGAGAGAUCAGUGAUUGUGGCUACGCACCAUGCGCCAUCUGUCCAGGGAACUUCGGAGCCUAGGCACAUGGGCAGCCCCUGGGCUUCUGCCUUUGCUACAGAUUUGCUGUCCGAUGGGGAUUGGAGCCGUGUUGGGGCUUGGGUGUUUGGACACACUCAUUUUUCAACGGAUUCAGAGGUGAACGGAGUCAGGAUUUUGAGCAAUCAGAGAGGCUACGUACAGCAGCAAGCCGCCAUUGUCAAACCAAAUCCAGAACAUUCCACGGCACCUCGACUUGAACUACAACGAUCGAGGCCCGCACCAGCCGCAGGCGAUUUAGCAUCUACAUCGCAUCGUCGAAUAAUAGCCAAGAUGCCUGUUGACUACAGCAAAUGGGACGCGCUGGAGCUCAGCGACGAUUCCGACGUCGAAGUGCACCCCAACGUCGAUAAGCGGUCUUUCAUCCGCGCGAAGCAGAACCAGAUUCACCAGGAACGUCUGCAACGCAAGCACCAGAUCGAGACGCUCAAGUAUGAGCGCAUCAUCAACGAUGGCCUGAUGAAGCGCAUAUCCGCCCUCCUUGAGGCCCUCAAAUCCCACGCCUCCGAGGCCGAGACGCGCAACCCCGGUGAAGUCGCCUUCCAGGCUGUCAUGGAGUCUGCCGGCAGGCCCGAAGACGACCAACCGCCGCCGCGCCCCGAGGGCAUCCACACCGAGUCGGAGCCUCUGCCCACCUUCUCCAAGAUGAUGGCCGUGUUGCUGGACCAGGUUAAUAAGGAGCUGGACGAGAAGAAGCCCGAGAACCGCUACCAAGGCAUGCUCGAGGGCGUCGAGGGGCAUUUGACCAAGGUGCAGAACCUGCAGAAGGAGCUUCUGGCCAAGCUGGCGGAGCUGGAGAAGGAGGAGGGCCGCAAGAUCACGAGCGAGGGCAUCCACACGGGUUUCGACAGCUCACACGUCAACAAGUCUCAGUCGACGGGGAAGGAACCUGAGCGCAAGCCGGAGCUUCUCAACCCCAACUUUGACAUGUCACAGUCGCUCCCGCCGAAGGACUCAAAGACGUCUUAUGACGACGACGAGGAGAUCGAGGCAUCUCCGGCCGCGAAGAAGUUUGCGCAGAUCAAGCCGGAUGACUACUCGGCCAGUCUGGCAUACCUUUCCAAGAACCCAGAGAUCCUGACGGAGCGGGAGACGGACGGCCUGCUUGUUCUUGCGUUCGACGCGGCACUGGAGGGCAAGGAUGACUACUGCCGGCAGUGCGUACACCAGGCGCUCCUGCUGCAGUACUGCCGGGCACUGGGCAAGGACGGCGUGGGUAUGUUCUUCAAGCGCAUCACGACGAAGGGUCACCAGGCGCAGGAUGUGUUCUUCAAGGAUGUGCAAGACACGUACGGCAAGAUUUGGAACAGGGCGCGGGAGAUUAUCAAGGAGCGGGCAAACGAGCCGGAGGGCGUGGAACAGAUUCAGCUGCACGCAGUGGAGCCCGGUACGGAGAUCAAGAUUACCAUCCCGCCCAAGGACAGCGAGGACCCAGCAGUUAAGGAGGGUCGGGCCAUCUUUGAGGGGUUCAGUGCCGACUUCCAGAAGGCGCUGGAGAGCGGCAGCCUGGACAAGGUCAACGAGGUCCUGGGCAAGAUGAAGGUCGAAGAGGCCGAGGAUAUCGUCGGCAAGCUUGGCGAGGCCGGCAUUUUGAGUCUCGAGGAGCAGAUUAUCGAUGCCACGACAGAGGAGGGCAAGAAGGCGCUCAAGGACAUGGAGGCGGCGGCCGGCUCGGAGUCUGGAUUCGCGCCGGACCCAGAGUAA